CUCGCUCGCUCCCUCCCUCCCUCCCUCCCUCACGCAUGCAAACACAUCGGCACACACGUGCUCCGUGAUGCCAAUGCAGCCGAACACACGGAGCCAUGCUGGGCGACACUUGGACGGCGGCGUGUUGGAGCCGGCCACACGAGUGACGUGCCACUACCGCAUCCACGCCGCAUGCAGUCACGUCAGUGCGAAGGAAUAUCGUGCGGGGCUUCCUGCUCGCCAGACGGACGCCGCCGAGCUGCGUUGCCAAGGUGGAGAGAUGAGCGAGCGCUGAGCAAAGGCGGCACAAUGCAACGACAAGAUGCCCAAGUUGAGACGUUGACGCAGCUACCAUGACCAUGAAAGGCUUGUCCAGCAGCCACGCUCACCAUCACGGCGGCGGCGCUUCCUACGACUCGGUGACGCUCGCUCACUUGGAUGGUCAGCCCCGCUUCCUGAACCCGGGCGGCGAGCCUCGCCCGUGCUACACCCAGCGCAGCUCCUUCCAGUCGGAAUGUGGCGGCGGCGGCGGCUACCCGCCGGACCUGGCCAGCUGCACCUUCCCUCGCAGACAUUACAGCUCCCAUCAUGAGCUGAAGGAGCAGCGCGGCGGGGCUCUGACGGCGGCGAGCGAGGAGGGCAAAAAUAACAACGAGCGGCUCUCCCGUAACCCGCCGGAGCAGUCGGAUCAGCGAGCUUCCGUGCGACGGGAAGGCUACCACACGCUGCAGUACAAGCGCACGGCCGUGGUGGAACACCAACGCAGCGACAGCCCCGGGCGAAUCCGCCACCUGGUUCACACGGUCCAGAAGCUUUUCACCAAGUCCCACUCCCUGGAGGGGCCUUCGGGAUCCGCCCCGAGCGGGAGGCUGAACGGCGGCGGCAAAUCCAGCCCCGACGACCCGCCGCCGUCUUCGUCGGGAACCCUGAAACACAACAAGCGCGGCAAAAACAAAGACCGCUCCAAGUCGGAGCCAAAGAUGCGGAGCGCCAUCUCCGGCUACUGGAGCUCAGAUGACACCCUGGACCGGGAGAUGUGCCUCUACCAACCGUCGGGCGUCAUGACGGUGGGGCGCCGCUGCCCGGAAAAGUCGCAGUCGCAGUACUUUAUGGAGUCGUACAACACCAUCAGCGCCCACUCGCUCAAGACGUCCCGCAGCAACAACGACGUCAAGUGCUCGUCCUGCUCCCGCCCGCCGCUAACGGAGAAGAGCUCGUGGUCUUCCACUCUGACGGUGAGCCGGGCACGGGAGGUCUACCAGAAGGCCUCUGUCAACCUAGAUCAAGAGCUAGCCAAAGGCGAGCGGGGACGCGCCUCCUGCCACUUCCUGCAGGUGCCUCAGGAUGACUGGGGCGCUUUCUGCCCGCUGGGCAAGGACCAGCAGAUCCCCUGCCGGAGGAUGCGAAGCGGCAGCUACGUCAAAGCCAUGGCCGAGGAGGAGGACGACGGCGACGACUCGGACUGCGGCCCCGAACCUUCGCCCAAGGCGCAGGCGCGGCGGGCCAGCUACCUGAAGGCCACGCAGCCGUCGCUCACCGAGAUGACCACGCUCAAGAUUUCCACGGAGCACUCGCCCAAGCUGCAGAUCAGGAGUCACAGCUAUCUGCGGGCGGUGAGCCAGGUUUCUAUCAAUAGGAGCCUGGACAGCUUGGACCCGGCGGGGCUGCUGGCCUCGCCCAAGUUCCGCUCCCGAAACGAAAGCUACAUGAGAGCCAUGAGCACCAUCAGCCAGGUGAGCGAAGUGGAGGUGAACGGGCAGAUCGAAGCGGUGUGCGAGGCGGUGUUCAGCGAGAUGGAGUCGCAGGCGGUGGACGCGCUGGAUCUGCCCGUGCCCGCCGGCUGCUUCCGCGUGCGCAGCCACAGCUACGUGCGCGCCAUCGAGAAGGGCUGCUCGCAGGACGAAGAGAAGGAAGAGGCCCCGGGGCGUGGAGGAGGCGGAGCCAACCGCAAGGCGGGAUCGCCCCCGCGCACCACCACCACUGUCAGAACCAUCCAGAGCAGCACAGUGUCGUCAUGCAUCAGCACCUACAAGAAGACCCCCCCGCCGGUGCCCCCGCGGAGCACCCCGUCCAAGCCCUUCAUAUCCAUCACGGCGCAAAGCAGCACCGAGUCGGCCCAGGACGCCUACAUGGACGGCGGCGGCGGCUCGGGCCCGCGCAAGGGCAUCGGCUCGCAGCCGACCCUGUCCAACUCCACCGAGAGCAUCGACAGCAUGAAGGCCCUGACGGCGGCCAUCGAGGCGGCCAACGCUCAGGUGCACGGCCCGGCCAGCCAGCAAGUCACCGCCGGCGUCUCCACCGACACCAAGGCGCAGAAAGAAGCGCUCCGCAAGAGCCUCUCCAUCGGGAUCCAGGUGGAGCCCGAGGAGGAGGAGGGGCCGGCGGAGGAGCGCUCCAAGUUCCACUCCGUAGGAAUUCAGGUGGAAGAUGAGCGCUGUCAGCGCCGCAUGACCCGCUCCAACAGCGUCACCGCCGCCGUCCAGGCCGACCUGGACGACCCUUCGGACGGGCCGCCGGCGCCGCCCCGCCACUGCGCCACCAUGCCCCGCCAACACUCCCGCGACGCCUCGGCCGCCGCUUCCACGGUCCGCAUCCAAGGCUCGGGCAACCACUACCACGCCUGCGACUCGGGCGAGGCGGGAUUGGACCCGUCCAUCCUGCCCCCUCCGGACCCGUGGAUGGACGGCGCGACCGAGCCGGAGCCGGCGGCGCUCCAGGCCGUCAGCCGCUCGGUUUGCCCUCGGGAUGGCCGCUGGUUCCUCAAACUGCUGCAAGCGGAAACGGCACGGAUGCAGGGAUGGUGUCGGCAGAUGGAGCGGGACCAGACGGACAACCAACUGCCGGAGGACGUCAUGGGCAAGAUCCGCAGUGCAGUGGGGAGCGCCCAGCUGCUCAUGUCCCAGAAGUUCCAGCAGUUUCGGGAGCUGUGUGAGGAGAAUCUGAAUCCUGACGCGCACCCGCGGCCCGUCUCCCAGGACCUGGCGGGCUUCUGGGACAUGUUGCAGCUGUCCAUCGAGAACAUCAGCCUCAAGUUUGACGAGCUGCACCAGCUCAAAGCCAACGUCUGGAAGCCUCUGACGCCUCCAGAGAUCCAGGUGCGAGGCGUGCCACCUCCCGUGCCAAAGAGGUCCCAGAAGGGCCACGCCCCGCUGGCGAGGGACCGCUCUCUGGAGAGCUCCGAGCGGCAGCGUCUGGAGGCCCGCAGGCGCCUGCUGGCCGCCAAGCGGGCCGCCUCGGUGCGCCAGAGCUCCGCCACGGAGAGCGCCGACAGCAUCGAGAUUUACAUCCCCGAGGCGCAGACGCGAUUAUGAGACGCUCCGUCGGUCCGGCCGGCCGCUGUAGCGCGAGAUGGCAAGGGUGCUAACAAACUUUACCGCAUCACUGUCGCCAUGGGAAGAAGUGGAUGAUUUAUUUAUCCGUUGAUUCACCACGGAGCAACCGUUCCCUGGUCUUUCCACCUCAGCUUUUAUGUAGCGCCCAUGUCCCUCAAAUCCAAACGCUCACAAUCGCUCUCACUCAUGAUGUGUCCUUUAUACGUAGGUUAGGCAGCAGCAGACAUGAUAAACUUGUUUAUAGAAUUGUGGCCAAACUCAAGGCUGCAACACUGUGGUGUUCCUAGCUAGCUAGCUAGCUAGCUAGCUAUAUUACGGUCCUCGCAUAACCAGACCUCCAAGUUGUUCAUGGCAAUGAUAUAUUUUUUUUAAUAUCCCAUGUCACCUGUCUGUACACGACCUCUUAGGCUAUAUAAUGAGCUUGUAACCGUUGUAGCGUAACGACAGAUGGUGAAAUCAAAGCGCACGUCUUUGGCUUGGCGGCUCACCCUUGUACAUUUGUGCGACGAAAUGAGUCUCUUGCAGUGGUCAAGAGGUUACAUUUUGUUUGCGCUGGUGUGCAGCUUAUCUGGAAAACGAAAUUGUGUUUGUUUUUUUUUGUUUGUUUUUUUAAGAGACCCCUCGUGCGGUGCGUGCGUGUGUGUGUUUUGACAUCAUUCAGUCAAGUUCUUCUUAUGUCCUUCCUAUGAGAGUCAGCAGCCCCAUUCAAAACAUUAGGUACACCCGCACAAUUUAAAGCGACAAAGACGAUCCUGCCUUUGCCUUGUAGUUGAACGGAAUAUGUCACCUCGAGUCUGAGUUUCGUACAACCGCACUGCUCUAAACUUCUUUCGUGGACGGUCGGCGACAGUUGUUGAUCCACGGACAAGUAUUUACAUAAUUGAGCAAACCCCUAAAAGUCAAGUCGUUAUGUAUAAUUCCACUCUGUUCUAUUCUUUAUUGUAUAUUAUUACAAUUAUUUGAUUGCACCCUAAUCUAUUGCUUCAAAACACAGGAUUAUUCUUGUAGUAGCUUUUUUGAUGAUCCUAUUAUAACUAUGCAAAUUUUAGUCCUUGACGGGGAAUUCAGUUCAAGUUCACUCAGUUCAAUAGUUUGUGUUACUUUAAUAUAAUAACUUAAUACCUUUGUCAUUGUUUAGGCAGAAUAUACACUGGAUAUGAUUGUUUGGGUGUACCUAAUAUUGUGGGUGUAGAAAAGGUCGACACUGAGUCAGGCGCCCUCAGAUGAGUUUGAUGGGUUAUUUUUAAUAAACUGCUUGUAUCUUUUUUAUAAUGUCAUUUUAUAACCUCUUUAUUGACAGUAUUAAGACAAGACAACUGGACAUUUUCCUCCUCACUGUGCUAACUCGCUGAGGUUCAGAGAAAAGCUUUUUUUUUAGUUGAUAUUUUCAAAUAUUUUUUCCUCUUCCUUAACUGUGGUCAUCAUUUUUUUUUCCAAUAUUUUCUUUAUAUAUACAUAUAUAUAUAUAAAUGAUUUAUUGAGUUAGGGGACUGUUUACCGGCGCACUGACUUCAAGGCCCUUUUACUGUGUUUUCGUCCUUUGGCUUUUCCCUUUGCGCCUUAAUUUGGACAGUCGAGCACAAAGGGCGUCUCAGGGGAAGGUGCCUGUGCGUGUGCGCCCGUGUGACUGCAUACGUUGUCUCUGCUGUCAAUCAAGUGGAAUAUGCCAUCACAUAGGAGACGUGACUAGUCGGCUUGUUGCAACUCACCUGCUCAUGUUUUGUGCCAUUGAACUCGGGGCUUUUGGCUCGCUGACGUUCGGAAAGGGAGUGCGUGUUUUAGAUGCCAUUGCUCAUUUUUAUGUUUUUAUAUUUGUAUGGAUUGAAUUGUGUGUGCGUUCCGUUCCCACGAUGACACUCUGUUGAUCAUCUUGAUAAGAACACAUCAACUCCUGAUGUAGCAGGGAGUGUGUGACGUCCUUCAAUUGUACUUAAAUGAAUGUUGUGCAAAUGGAAUCCGAUAACUUAAUGAGGCAGACCUUUUUUGUAAUUAACGUUGCUACGUGUUUAACGGAUGUGACGGCGGCACGCGUGUGCGAGCAUUAAAGUGAACCCUGUGGCCAUU